AUGGAAAGUCGAUCAGAAAUUAGCGGGACCCCUUCUCCAGCCCCGGAAAAGUGCAGUGAAAACGGAGACGUAGAUGGAGGUAGUGGGAGUGUUUUGGUUCCCUCUAGUAAAUUUAGCGAGGGUAACAAUGACGAUAACAAUGGAGGGAGUUCAAAAGUUAAUGGUGACGCUGGUAAUAGGCUAAGUAGCGAGCAUAACACGAGUGUUAAACGAGACGCAGCCCGUGAGAGGGAAAGUGGCACAGGUAGUAGUGGUGAAGGUCGCACUGACACACACCAUGUGAAAAGCUCAGUAAUGAUAGCACCUCUCCAGAGUAAUAAAUUUAUUCAGAGUGAAAGUAAAUCCAAAAGCAGGGAAAUUUGUAAACUGCAAGGAAACGAUGAAUUACUGAAUAAUAAUAAUAAUUAUAAUAAGGAAGUUGGAAUUAACAUAACGAAGCAAAAAAUAAAUACUCUUCGGCAGAAUUUUCUUUCGUCUUUGUCUACAGAUGAUGAUAAUGAAGAUGGUGAUGGUUGUGGUACCCCGGACUUUGUGGUUUUGCCUCAUCACAUGGAUAGUCAUUUUCAGGAGACGACUGAAGAUUCAGUCCUUGAUGGAAGAAACAAACGUGAGGAUGGAGACGAGGGAGUUGUUGAGGCAAUAGAGAUCCCGAGCUGCAAGAGUGACGGUGGUAAUGUGGGUGAUUUACAGCAGGAAGUAGUGAACAAGAGGGCGGAGGUAGAAGUGGCAAGUGCCAGGGUUGAGCCAGCUGGUGCUACUUCUGUGUCUGCAGUGGUGCUGCAUACCACACAGCACCGCUUCCAGCCGCACCAUGGUGAAACCCCUCUGGAUGACGUUCAUGUCGAGAACGUGGGAUCAGUGGGAAAUGUUUGUGUCGAAUCUCUUCAUGUGCUGACAGAUACCGUAGCAAGGUCUGUAGCACAAGAGAAAUCAGGGGGUGUUCAAGUGGCUACUGAAGAUGGCAAAGUUUCUUCUUGUGUUCCAGUGAAUUCUGGGAGUAGAAACGUUAAGCUUGAGUGUGAUAUUUUUGCUAAGGGCCCGCUGAAUGAUGACACUAAUUCCAUCUAUGUUGCUCCCCUCCACUGCGCUCCUGUUGCCCAGCUGCCACCCACACCACCCAGCUCCCCACCCACACCUCCUUCCUCUCCACAUGCAUCCAUGCCACUUGGCGAAGAAGAAUGUAGUGUGCAGUCCACCUGCUUGAAAGGUCAAUCCACAGAUUGUGUUAAUCUCUUGUUGCAUCAGUCUAGGAAGCACAGACGAUUACAAAGAUUCCGGUUACCUGAUGUUCCAGUGUUCUCGGCUGUCAGGAACCUCCAGCAGGAGGGAGUGGAGGCGGCGGAAUGGCAGACGAGGAGCGAGUGCGAGUCGUGGCCACCCGCGCAACCGCCCAAGCAACAUGGAAAUCCACACGUGCAGCUCCCCGCCGCCAACGCUCAUUGCGGAACGGCGGACCAGUUGUGUCACCGGUCUCUGCAGUCACUCAAGGGAGGCGCAGGAAACAGCCAGCAGCCUGGGGACACGGAGGAAGAUGCGCAGGGACACCACCCUCACACAGUUAACCUCAUUGGGUCCGGCAGCCGCCUAAGCCCAUUAUCUGGAGAGCCGCCUUAUCACGCCGACGUAGCCUGCGGGCCAACCAGAUACAAUAGGCGAGCGGGAAAGUGUGCAACUGAAAGUGUGCAUGAUAAUAAAAGCGUUAUUGUAUUAGGAUCCGUAGUGCCCAGGGCGGAGCAGAAUACCAAACAUUCAGUAGAUUUUCCCUGCAUCUGUGGCAGUGGUGGACAUUCUAGUGACAACCAAAGAAAUUCGCCAAGAGCUACCUCAGCACAAAACAACUCUCAAGGAAACAGAGGAGCUACGCCAACAGCGAACUUAGUUAAUUGUGAUAUUAGAUUGUGUGAGUGUAGGACUGCGGUUGGUAGUGGUGCUAGUGACAAUGAUAAUGUCUUUGAAAGUGACUCGUGCUGUAGUGACGGUUCGUGUUUGGGCCCUAUAAAUUUUGACAGUGAGGACAAAGUCCCCAGUGAUGGAUAUGAUGAAGAACAAAAACAUAAGUUACGGGAGGCGUGCAAGGACAUAGCACGCGCCCUGAAUGCUCUUCCUUCUCCAGUGCCUCAGGACGACAUGGUUGGGUUUCGAGAGGCGAAGCGAUCACUCAAUCCAAAACUAGAGUACCGGGACCAAGAGGUGGAAGCUCACCUCUCAGACUCUGAACAGCAGCCAGGGGUGGAGAGACUUCAGGUGAGUAUGAGAAGCACAGGCACCAGUACAGCUUCAGAUGAAGAGCGUAGAAGUAGCCUCUACGACAACUGUGGCACGAAUGGCAGCUCGUGUGAGUGUGGCCACUGCCAUGCUAGUGACGGGGAGAACAAGCAGUGUAAGCGACCUCCUGUCAUCAUGGACAAGUGGAAGGCUAACAAGUGCACUGAGAAGGACCGGUACAGCUGUGGCAGUGAACAGGACACGAGUGAUUACGAGCAGGAGGACGAAGGUUUCAGGACAGACGCAGGAGAAGGAUGUCGUACUGAUGAGUUCGAUCCUGUAACUACGUCUGACGACAAUGAUUACGAUGACUAUUGUCAAACAGAUGACUGUGGUGAAGAGUGUGAUUACUGUAGUGGUGACGACGCCGAGGACGAAGGGGAAGAUACUUGUUAUUUCUGCAAGCACAACCAGAGCCUCAGUCCUAUAUGUAAGCACCCAGGCGUCAUAACAAAUGGCAUUCUUAAGUCGUUCAAUGCCCGACGUUCAGAGGAAAAGGAGGCUGUGCGGGUGCCCCGUCAGAGGUCUCUGGCCCUACAGGCAGCCAUACAGCGUCGCCGACUUACGCGCCAGGGGCUUGUCGCUAUUAGAGAAUCGAGUAUUACAAGCGACGAGCUACCGGAAUCAGAAGAGGAACGCUCUAAUGAUGGCAGCAAUUGUGACAUUUCUAGUAGUUGGAAGUUCGGUUUGUGUCGUGAUAUAACAAUGUCCAGAGACUCUACGCUACGCAGCAUUCGUAGUGAAAGAAGUUCUUCUUCAUUGCCUUUAAAUAAAGGGAGGCAGAGAAAUAAAGAGAAAUCAAAUUCCCUUCCUGGAGCAAACUCUCGAUCUUUAGCAAGUGAGCUGACAGUAAGACAAUCAUCGGCAGUAAUGACGCCAGUGAGACAGAUUUCUACAUCCGAAGACGAAUCUGGCUCACACGGUUCCCUUCCUUGUCUGCCACCCCGUCCACCUCGCGCCCCUCGCAUGAGACCUCCAUUGACACCCAGCCCACCUGCAGGAGGCUCAGCUGUGCCUCCAGCCUCCCCCGGCAGCCCCCGUCCAGCAAUGGGCGUGCAAAGUCUGCAGCAGAGGUCACCGGGAACACCUCGAGCACUGCAUGUUUCUGGACUGCCUGUGGCGCCGCGCACAGUGGCGCCUCGCAGCCCUAGCAACCCUAACCCUCCGUAUGGGUUCCCGGCAGCGGGGACGGCCCUCUUGUGUCCAGGAAGCCCGGGGCUAACAGGACGGACCACACCUUCACCCGGGGCCACAGAGGGGCCACCGCCUGCGUCUCCCCGUGUCAAUAGCCGCGCGGGGGCGCUGGUGACCCGCAACUUUUCCAUCAGCGACGAUGAAGGUGGUGGGCGAUUGUCGGGUGGGCGGCGACACGUGACCAUCACGAGGCACGAAAGCGUGUACCGUGAGGUAGCAGAGAAAGGAUACCACUUGCUCCCUGGAUCACCAGUCGACCCCUACUGGCUCACAUGGAAACUUGGGGUGCUUCAGAAAACAGUGGAGGAGGUGAAUGGGCGCUUGGAAGAAGCAGAGAAGACUGCAGAAUCCUGGGGACCCAUUCCUCAUGAUCCCAACCUCGCAGAUCAACAUGCUCACAACGUCAGGAAAUUCCGUGAGGGCUUGGCAGACCUGCAGCGGGGUGUUGAUGAUGUCAAUGAUCAAGCUGCCCGCUUCUCUGCUCACAAUGUACCUCUGACUCCAGCAAACUCUGCCAAACUUCAUGACCUCAAUAACAGAUGGAAGACAUUGGAAACAACAGUGAAUGACAGGUGGCGGCAGGUGGCUGGUAGGUCAAGGGAGGUUACUCCGCUCACCCCAGCCCAACUGGCAUCCUCAGUCUCUCCCCCAUGGGAGAGAGCUACCACCAGCAACAAAGUGCCUUAUUACAUCAACCAUGACCAGGAGAGUACCCACUGGGACCAUCCUGUCAUGAUGGACUUGCUAGACUCUCUCACAGAGUUCAACCAUAUCAAGUUCUCAGCUUAUCGCACAGCUACUAAACUAAGGAUGCUACAAAAGAAAUUAGCACUGGAUCGUGCAAAAAUGCAGAUGGCCACAGACAUAUUUGAUGAACAUGGUUUACGAGGCCAAAACGACCGCUUGAUCGAUGUUGGCGACAUGGUGGUGGUGCUUUCUGCUCUGUAUGCCAAUAUAUCAGCUGAUCAUCCUGAUGUCAACACAACUCUAGCAAUGGAUCUUUGCCUCAACUGGCUUCUGAAUGUGUAUGAUAGCCAGAGAACAGGACAGAUGAGAGUGCUCUCAUUCAAGAUUGGACUUGUAUGUCUCUGUAGAGGACAUCUGGAAGAAAAAUAUAGAUACAUGUUCCGCUUGAUUGCGGAUCCAAACCGCCUUGUGGAUCAGAGGAAGCUUGGUCUAUUGCUGCACGAUUGUGUACAAGUUCCUCGUCAGCUUGGGGAGGUAGCUGCAUUUGGUGGGUCUAAUAUUGAGCCAUCUGUACGCAGUUGCUUUACUAAGGCUGGGAAAGAUAGAGAAACAAUUGAGGCUGUGCAUUUCUUGACAUGGGUGCAGCAGGAACCACAGUCACUUGUGUGGCUAGCAGUUCUACAUCGUGUUGCUGCUUCAGAGAGCAUUCAACAUCAGGUUAAAUGCAACAUUUGUAAAGCUUGCCCAAUCAUUGGCCUGAGAUACCGCUGUCUGAAGUGCUUGAGCUUUGAUAUGUGUCAGCGGUGUUUCUUUGAUGGGCGAAGUGGCAAGAGCCACAAGAUUACACACCCUAUGCAUGAAUAUUGCACAGCGACUACUGCUGGUGAGGACGUGAAAGAUUUCACAAAAGCACUCAAGAACAAAUUCAAAUCUAAAAGAUCUCUGCAGAAGCAUACGAAGAAGGGCUAUCUGCCAGUUCAAACUGUAUUGGAGGGUGAUCCACUAGAGUCACCCUCACCAUCCCCUCAGCACAAUGUUACCAGUCAAGAUAUGCACUCUCGUCUAGAAUUGUACGCUUCUCGUCUGGCCGAGGUCGAGCUAAGAACAAACUCAAAUUCUACACCUGAUAGUGAGGAUGAACAUGGAUUGAUUGCACAGUACUGCCAGUCCCUAAGUUCUUCUGAUGCCCCUCUACCUGUGCCAAGGUCACCACUGCAGAUCAUGGCUGCUGUUGAUGCUGAACAGAAAGAUGAAUUGGAACAAAUGAUAAGGGCCCUUGAGGAGGAGAACAGUGUACUUCAGGCAGAAUAUGAUCGCCUCAAGUCCCAGCAACCUGUUGGAUCUCCUCCUGAUGAUGGUCUUGGUGGUCAGCGUUCGGAAGCAGAUAUGUUGGCUGAAGCAAAGCUCCUGAGACAGCAUAAGGGACGCCUUGAGGCUCGAAUGGGCAUCUUAGAAGAACAUAACAGGCAACUUGAGGCUCAGCUUCAUCGAUUGCGGCAGUUAUUAGGAGAGCCUGGUGGCAUGAGUUCACCUAGCAAGUCAGGAACUCUGCAAACCAAGUCAGUUACUGCUAGCCAGUUGGCCAUGGACUCUCCUGCUAAAAUCAAUGGACACUCAACUCAAGCAGGUGCCAGCAGUGCUUACGAUGGGUUAGAGCAAAUGAGCGAGUAUGUACGGCCGCCACCCCCUCCUAUGGGAAGUGUGGCUCAUGUGGGCAACCUCUUCUCACGUGCAGGCGACCUGGGGAAGGCAGUUGGCACUCUGGUGGCCACAAUGACCCAAGAGGGGGAGAGCGACUUGCCUAGCGAUGAGGAAGACUCUGAUGCUUCUGACGCCACUGAGUCAAAGGCUGUGUAACUUUUGGAGAAGAGGCUGGAAGAAGCACUCUUGGUGUAAUUGUGUAGGAUGUUUUUUUUACUUGGACAAAUCUAUUUGUAUUGUUAAUACCAGAAAAAAAAAAAAGCUGAUGACAUGCCUGUUUCUAUUCCAUCCUCUGUUACAUCCCUAUCAGUUUUUAUACGCUCCUGGUAGAUUAUUGUGUACAUGAAUUCUUGGAGGAAAGAGAAGUUAGCAUGUCUUCUGCUCAAGCUGAUUAUGCACAAGAUAAUUAUUUUUUAUUUCAUGACUACAGGUGAUCCAGUUUGUUAAUUUAACUAGUGGUACAUACCUGAAUCAAAAGGAAGAUUCGGUUUUAAAGUGCAGCGUGUGGUUAGACAAAUUUGUAUAGAUAUGUAUAAUAAAAAAAAUUACUUUUCUUUCAGCUUGCAUAUAAAAUGAGCAUAAGCGUUGUAGUCAUGUGUCAAUGGUGCAAAAUGAAAAACCCUAAAUGUGAUAAGUAUCCCAGUUGAAGUAUCAUUAAAUGAAGCCAGUGGGCUCAUUUAGUUUUCUUUAGUGAAGGGGUGUUACAUACAGUUCUACCAAUGUUAAAAUCAGCCUUGAUAUGCUGACUCAAGUGACCAUAUGUGUACAUAUCAUAGUUAUAUCAAAGUCAGAUUGCUAUAGAAAUAGUUUUUAUGGACAUGUUUUCCAAUUGUUAUGCUUGUCAUUAAUUAUAUUGAUGCCUUAUUCUCAGUAUUUGUGGCCGAGAUACUACUUGGUUAAAAUGCGUUCUUAAGUUGCAACCUUUUGAGUUUAUAAUUUAGUUUUGAAGUGGAUAAAUCAUGGUCAGGUUGUUUGCUCCUUAAUCAAUUCUUAAUAUUUGACUAUUGCUUAGAAUUAACAAAAAUAAAAGUGGCUAUGAUGUUAAUAA